CUCUCUGCUGUCUACAGUAGUCUCUCUCUCACCGAAGCGGCGGAGGUUACUUUGCGCAUGAUCAGCCUCCCGCGCUCAACACUGCACGGACACCAAGAUGGCGAAAACACGUCUGGCUUGUCUACUGACUCUCUUCUCAACUCACUGUUACCUUGGUGUGUUAGCAGUGGUACUAAAAACAAAUAAUGAAUCACCCUGGACAGAUGAGUUUGACAAGGUUGAAUUGUCGUGUUUGAUUGAGUCGAUUUCCACAAUAAAUCCCAGGAUUGAAUGGAAGAAAAUCACCAGAGAUGGACCCAGUUACGUUUACUUUGAAAAGAAGAUCUCAGGUGACUUGGAAGACAGAGCUGUGAUCAGAGAGCCUGCCUCGUUACUGAUUACAAAUGCAACGAGAUCGGACACUGCUAAGUAUCGCUGUGAGGUCACUGCUCCUGAAGACCAAAAGUCAUUUGACGAGAUUGUGAUUGACCUUGUUGUAAGAGUAAAGCCCGUGGUACCAAAAUGCCAUGUUCCGAAGUCUGUGCCUUUUGGGAAGUCAGCUGAGCUGAGCUGCGUAGAGGAUGAGGGCUUCCCAAAGUCUCAGUACCAGUGGUUCAAGAACAAGGAGGAGAUCCCUGAUGACCCCAAGACCAGCCUGAAAUUCUUCAACUCCUCAUACAUGCUCAAUGCAGACACAGGAGCUCUGAAAUUUAUCGCAGUCAGAAAAGAAGAUGCAGGCGAGUAUUUCUGCCGAGCAAAGAACGACGCAGGCCAUGCUGAGUGUGCAGCCCAGAAGAUGGAAGUCUAUGAUAUAGACAUGGUGGGGAUCGUACUAGGGGUGCUGGUGGUGCUUAUAGUCCUCCUCUGUAUAACAGUGGGGAUCAGUUGUGCAUACAAGCAAGGUUAUUUCUGCAGCCAAAAACAGACAGGAAACAACUACAAAGUUCCAGCUAAAGGAGAUGGAGUGGACUACGUCAGGACGGAGGAUGAGGGGGAUUUCCGACAUAAAUCGUCAUUUGUGAUUUGAUGAGGGGCAGUUGUGGACAAUGUGACGUGGUUCUGCCCUCCGUGAAGCCGCUGCGCUUCCUGCUCUGAGCUCAAAUCCAACCACUUCAAUCUGCCAAAAGUGUCCUGAGCUCACAGGACAAACAUGUAAAAUACAGUCUGACUGAAACACCUUCAGUUCACUUUAGUUUCUAGUUGCUGUCAUUGCGUAGUUUUAACACAGAGAGAGGAGGCAGAAAUAAAACGUGAGUUUGUUCUGCUGGAUCCAAACGAAGCAGUUCAGGCUUUGCAGG